CCACAAAGGAAGAGUUGCCAACUUCAAACUUUCCCCUUCGCACCCUUGUAGCCGUAGCACAGGCCAAACAAUUCUGAAGUCCGCCCAACCUUGCCCGUGUUAGGGGUGUGGGCCGGCUCCCACACCCCUAACGUUCAUAAUGGUUCAGAAAGCUAGCACCCGUAAGGUGUCGCUGCGAAGCGUUUGCAAGGACGAGGCAACGCUCGCAGCAAUUAGGUUCAAGGUAGAUUUUGUGGCCACGCCCCUUCGGUACCGCCUGCUGGACUUCCUGCGGCACUUCGUCGUCUGCCGAACGGACCCCGCCUUCCACUGCGCGGUCUGCGACACCAAGUGGCGGGAGCAGUGCGGACUGGCUGCGCGGCGUCAAGGACGUUAGCGACCUGUGCUGACGAGGAUGGCGUAGCGGGCAGUCGGCUGCAGCGGCAGGGGUGUUUUCCUUGCUGUCUGGUUGGCCUGCUGCCUGCUGCACUAGUGCUUGCUAGCUGGGCGCGACUGGGCACAUAUGGCGGGCGGUGCCUGUACAAACCGACCCCGGCUAUGUCCGGGAGAUGAGGCUAGUAUCGGAACCUUCGGCCUCAGACGGAGGACGUGGCGUGGCGGCACAGCCCACUUUUCCCUUGCAAGGGAGAGCCACCUUUUCUUGUCGAAACGCCUUGACGUCUGUCGUGCAUCGUCGUGUCUUCUGUACAGUAUUCUUUUUCCUGCCGAGACUGCAACCUUGCUUAAUUAUGAUGCCUCGCAUUGUUUCGUGGGGUUAGCUUCUAGUGCUGCUUAACUGGAUCGGGGGCUGGCUACAGGCGGGAAAUCUGUCGGCAGACACACAAUCACACGUGGUGCUGGUGGGCAAUGCUAGGUUUGCCUAGACGUGCCUCCGGCACAUGCUUUCGUAUGAACACUCUUGCCCGCACAACUGCAUUAACACAUACCGAGCAUGCGGCACCUGCACGCGGCGCACAAUCUAUUGGACCCUUCUGUGCCGGAUGAGUGGUAGUCCCUGGAAUGCUGCUGCUCAGGAUCUUGGGUGCGUGAUAUAUCUUGAUAGGCCUUCACUUUCGUCUACACAAUCUUCCCUCCUGCAUCGCCCAAUCCCUGCAUGGGAAAGCAUGGCCGCAUCUAUCUGCUGAUAGCAAGCUAGCUGGCAUCUCGGGCCACGCGGAGUGUUGGGGGUUACGUAGCAUUUGAGGAGGCGCUGUCAGGGGACAAGAUGUGGCCACAGGGAAGGCAGGAAUUCAUGAAGGUGUAAUUCUUUCCACUU